UAGCAAAGGCUAGAAGGAUUUCUGCACAAGAUUGCAUAUACUGCAUAAGUGCCUCCUGUCAAAUGGAUUAAUGAGAGUUUGCUGCAAAUGUUAACCGGUCUACUGGUAAUACCCCAGGCACGUAUUUGUGUCCUUCCUAUUUUUAUUAAGGGGUGACUAGUCGGUGAUUAUUCUUCUUAUAAUUUAUGUAUUAUAUAAAACAACAAAAUAAAUAACAAUACAGUUGUGAAUGAGUAUUUUGCAGGGGAAAACAACCCAUCAGUAAAUUUAGACAGUCUUCUUGAAUCGAGAAGGUUUGCCAUUGUUUUCUAAUGAUCCUGCUUGUGCGUUAUAUAUCUGGUGACUUGCCAAGAUCUUCUCUUGUUUGUGUAUACAGAUUUGUGCACUUGCUGGAUUGCUAGCUGACAGCUGUCACAUGUGCCUUAUAUUACACGUGAUAGAAUUAAUUUAAAUACACAGGCCAACCAAUGAAUACGAAAACCACAAUCUCUAUGCUUGUAGAUGAUAUGACUCGCACAUUAAUGUGGAAGUUGUCAUUCCCGAGAAACUAGAUGGACCACAGAUGCAGGAUCACCCUACACUUGAUCAUUGGGUCUUUGUACAUGUAGAUGAGCAUGCAAAUAACAGCCUUCCGUUGUCAAGGUACAAGUCAAAUUCUAUAGACGAAGAACAAUCAAAUCAUGUGUAUAUGCACAAUGAUGAAAGAAACUCUACUCCUACAGAUGUGCGUUAAGAUUAAUGAAAUUAAGUGGAUGAAAGUAAGUAGAAUGGAAGAUCUGAAUCAGUAAGAUAUUUCAAGGGCUAAUUAAAUUUGUCAGAAAGGUCUUACAAUGAUUGUAACACUUUUUUUAACAAAUUUAAUUAGCGCAUCUUUGAAAUAUCUUAUCGACUUAGAUCUUCCGUUCUACUUUCUUUCAUCCGCCUAAUUUCAUUAAUCUUAACGUAAAUCUGGAGCAGCAGAGUUUCUUUCAUCACUGUGCAUGUACUCAUGAUCGAAUGUUCUCCGUCUAUAGAAUUUGACUGUAACUUGACAACAGAAGGAUGUUGUCUGCAGGCUCAGCUACAUGUACAAUGACCCGAUCAUGUGUAGGGUGAUCUUGCAUCUCUGGUUCAUCUAGUUUCUCGGGAAUGACAACUUCCACAUUAAUGUGUGAGAAAUUAUCUACAAGCACAAAUAUUUUGUUCUAGGUAUGAUUAAUGUGUGAAGAGACAUGAAAAUGAUUUGUAGAGAUAAAACAAUGCGAGGGAUGUUCAAGAUUGGGUUUGUUAGUAUAAGAAAGUCAUCUUUUUUCUAUUGUUACUUGCUCCUCUAUCCACAUUAAAUUUGGUAAUCUGGGUUGUAAUUUGUUCUUCAGUAACUAUUUUAUGUAGUUGCCUCGAAAAGAAGGUUUUUAAAUUAAGAUCUUUACAACUGAUCGAAUAAUGCAUGGUUGACACGUAGCCCUUGUGGUUGGAUGUAUGGGUAUAUUUAUAUUUCAGGUCUGUAAUUACACAAUAUUUAACCAGGGAUGGUAAAUUCACAUUACUGUUUUGUCGUAUAUGAAACUGCGCUAGGAUUUUGCAAGUGCCUUUUAGUUUGUUGCACUAUUUUCUCAACUUGUUUUUGAGUUUCUGUUGAUGUUACAGGAAACAAAUCCAUUAUGUAGAAAGUUGUUUUCAUUACUAUGAUAAUUUAAGGUUUCUGCUGUUGUUCAUUCUCUUAUCACUGCGCUAAUAUCAUGUUUCAAGUAUUCCUUUUUUGACAAGCUUGAUUCUUUUGGUUUACAUCAGAGAUAGCGAAGGGCAGAAGGAUUUCUGCCACAGCAUAGAAUGGACUCCAACACAUCGGACUCGGUGAGAGGGACAUGAUCACAUUGAUUUAUUUGAAAAGCUUCCUCAAGAAUGCAUAGAAGAGGUUGUUUGGCGUGUUGGCCCUAUGGAGGCAUGUAGGCUGUCUGCUGUUUGUAAAAGGUUUCUAUCAGCCGCUGAAUCAGACCUCGUCUGGGACAGAUUUUUGCCCUCUGAUUAUCGACAAUUACGUGACCGGGCCGAUGCUCUUCCCAAUAUGAAAUUUGCUCACAAGAAAGAUUUGUUUCUGUUUCUCAUCGGCAAUCAUGUCAGCAUGGAUGGGAAUACCAUGUGUUUUUGGUUAUGCAAGAGGACUGGCAAGAAGUGUUUUCUUACAGCUAUUUCAAUCAUAGGUGAUGUUGAAGAAGUAUAUUUUGAGGAUGUCGGCUGGUCUCGUCUGGAAGUUGAAAUAUCCAGGAUUCAGGAUUGUUUUACCUUAUGUCACCGUGUUGCAUUGUUCGGAAUCCAGGGAAAGAUAAGCACCUCCGUACUAUCCCCAAAUACUACCUACACAAUUUAUCUUGUCUGUAGUUCGGCGGAAUAUAUAUUUCAUUACUGCUAUUUUGAUGAACCCGUAGAAGUUUCCAUAGCUAUUAAUGGUGUUGAAAGCAUUAAACAUAUUGUCUAUCUGGACCCGCGUAAGAUGAGGUCGGAAGGGGAUAAUGAUCUCCAAUAUCCGCAACAGAGAAAAGAUGACAGGUUCGAAGUUCAGUUAGGAGAAUACUUCAACAAAGGAGGAGGAGAAGAGGUGAAUUUGGAGAUCACUAUGACGGAAGUAAAAAGUGGGAAGCGUAAGUCUGGACCGACUAUAUAUGGAAGGCUUUGAAUUCCGACCAAGGCGCACCAAUGCAGUUUCAUGAUGCUCGUAUGGUAGUGUUCUUAUAUCAGUUUACCGUCGAAUUUAAAAGACCUGCACCUGAGUAAAAAGACCAUAUCAUAAAGGCAGAAGUUUUAUGUUGUUAAUGGUAUUCAUGAAUCAAGAACUGGCAUCUUUAAGUCCAAAGGCUUAUAUGAACAAAGACAUGUAGCUCCUGAACACCCAUCCUAGAGUUAAAUCAGCUUUGUCAAAAGACUUGUCCCAGACAUAAAGCUACAGAAACGGAGGAGCAAUAUCUACGCCUAACACACACUAUAUUGCAAAGA